AUGGUUUCACAGACUGAGAAAGAGGAGCGCGUUUUCGCCGAGCUGCUUGGAGAUUCCAGAUACAAGCCCCUCGGUCGUCAGCUUGAUUCCAGAGCCCAUCGUCUUAUCGAUGCAAUGGCAGACGCCAUCUCUUCAGAGACAUUACUCAAAGAACUCUGCACCGAAGACGUUACUAUGAUUACUGGCAAGAGGGGUUCAGGGCAAGUACACAAGGGCGUUCAAGAAGUCUUUGGCUUCUGCAUACUUGACAUAAGUACCAUCCGCAUCAUCAUUACCACAGUAGAUCGACGUCGUAUCAUCUGCCCCGUCGAAGUUUACCUUGCUACGUCUGCCUCCUCCUACGAGAAGCAACGGACGGUCAUGAUCUUCGAUGCCGACGAUAAUUGCAAGAUCAAGAGAGUCGAGAUGAGACCCCUUAUCGAGCCCGAGCGCAUAACAGUCGAUGUAUAUCAAGAUGGCGAUGGCCAUGAGGAACUAUAUACAGACAACAACCUUUGA